AUGAGUCGCUCACCCAGAGGAAUAGCUGUCAUCAUAAAUAACAAGAAGUUCCUUGAAUCAUCAGGGCAACAUAUGGCUCAGCGUGGAGGCACAGAUAUUGAUCGUGAUGCUCUGAACAAGCUUUUCAAGAAACUUCAGUUUAAGGUGGAAGUGCACAACAAUCAGACCAAAGCUGAGAUUUUGCGGAUUGUAAGAGAGAAAGCAACUUCUGACCAUUCACUUUAUGAUGCUUUUAUUUUUGCUAUCCUGACACAUGGAGAGGAGGGUUUGGUGUAUGGUAUAGAUGGUACUUUAAGGAUAAGAGAAAUUACCUCCAAGUUCAAGAAUAACAAAACCCUGGCUGGCAAACCAAAGAUCUUCUUUUUCCAAGCUUGUCAAGGUGAGGAGAAAGAUGCUAUUCACUGACCUUACUUUAUUUCAAGUAUAAAAUUCUUCCUUUCCCCUUUCAAUUUGUUCUCUCUGUAAUGAGUCCCCUCUCCUUUAAUUUAACUAUAUUUUUGUGGUGACAAAUAGACAAACAGAAUUCAGUUGUGAGUAUCAUUUAAUAGGAUAUCAUACACAGUACUCAAACACACAAAUAGUUGUUCUUUUUUAAUGACUAUUAAUAGAUAAUGUUACUCUCAGAUUGUCAGAUUGUCAGUCAACUGAUUUUGUCAAGCUUACAUUAUUGUACCUGGACAUUUUUACAGAGAUUUAAAAUAAUUCUGGCAAUGGGUAGUCCAAACUGUGGUUGUUGGUCAUACUUAUGGGGUACACAGUCAUAUAGCUGGGUUCCACCAUAUGAGGCUUCUUGUGAUUUUAAAAACUCGUCUUGUUGAAACCUCCUUAUACUCAGCUUAGAGGAUGAUAAUCAUUUUUUAUUCUCACGCAAAUAAAAGUCAUUUUCCUAAGUGAGAGUUUCUGGAACUCGGAAAUAGCCUAUGAAAUAUACUCAGCAUAUAUUUUGAAAUUGUAGGUCAGGAAUUCAUGGAUGGAAUGGAUGUCUUUGAUGCCCCCCUGGAGCCUGAUCCACAAGUUUCUGUACCUGUAGAGGCUGACUUCAUCUUCGCUUACUCCACUGUGCCUGGCUAUUACUCUUGGAGAAAUAAUACUGAAGGAUCUUGGUUCAUUCAGUCAGUAGUUGAGGUGUUUAAUAAGUAUUGCUAUCAUAUGGAUAUCCUGCAAAUGCUCACUAAAGUGAGUGCAUUGGUAUCCAAUUACAAGUCACGAAACAAUUUUGCAUCUAACAAGAGGCAGGUGUCUUCUACAGUAUCAAUGCUGAGAAAAGACUUGUAUUUCUUCCCU